CUACAAUAUAUGCUCACAAAACACGUUUUCCAUUGGCUCUAUAGAGAAACUAACAAUUCUCUACUUGCAUCCAAUACAAGCAACGGAGGUGGUAUCUGAUCAGAGUGUUGGUGCGGCUCCGGUAACGGUAUUGUUCCUCAGUUGCUCAUUCACAUCGUUCACAUCGUAUUACAUUGGAUACACCAGCAAGGAGUAGGAGAACUUCUUUUGAACGCUUCAUCCAGUUUUCUCAUACCUUCAUAGUCAUACCUUGAUUGGUAGUGUUCGCCAGUGAUUGUCGCGACAUCAACAUUGUAAGUUUAUUUACGUCCGCGGUAUACGUACCGCAGACGUUCUUGAAAUUCAACAUUUUUCAAUUUCCACUUGGAAAUUGGCAAAAGGAUUUUCAACGAUCGCCGGCUUUUGAAGCCGAGAUCGUAAACCGGUAGAAAGUGCGAUACGCGCGUGGAGACGUAAAAAAUUCCACAGUGUGUGUGUUUGUGUUUGCAUUCAGAAUUGGCGAUAAAACAUGGACUGGUGGAGGAGUUUUUUAUUUUUACAAUUCUUCAUAUCCGGAAGCGUAUUAGCAGAAUCGUAUUACACGGUCAUCGCUCCGAGAGUGGUUCGUCCUAAUUCGGAAUACCAUGUAGCAGUGAGCACUGCAGGCAUAUCAGUUCCAUCUAUCAUAUUGGUUGAAUUAAAUGCUCGCCAGUACGAUGGGAAAGAAAUCAAAAUUGCUUCGAAAUCAGCGAACGUUGCUCCUUACUCAUCAGAGACAGUCACACUUCAAAUUUUGGACAUUGGUCCAGCAGAGUAUCGCUUGGUGGCUCGGGGAGUAGCCGGAAUCGAAUUUGAAAAUUCUACGGACGUGAGAUAUGUUCACAAAAGCUACUCUGUCUUUAUCCAGACAGACAGAGCGGUUUACAAACCUGGAAACAAAGUAAUGUUUCGAUGCAUUCUUUUGAAUUCCGCCAUGAAACCUGUAGAUUCAAAACAACUGGAAAUCCAUGUGACGGAUGGAAAAGGUAACAGAAUCAAGCAAUGGGUUCGUCCAUCGCUAACUAAAGGUGUAUUCGGUGGUGAAAUAGAACUUUCAGAAUCUCCUGUACUAGGCGAUUGGAAAAUAGUUGCAAUUGUUGAUGAUCAAACAGUUGAAAAAGAAUUUCAAGUGGCGGAAUAUGUGCUUCCAAAUUUCGAAGUUUCAAUCGAUUCUCCACAGCAUAUUGCUUUCAAGGAUGAGAAAAUUCAUGUCACAGUACGCGCAAAAUAUACGUAUGGAAAAUUCGUAAAAGGAGAAGCAACAAUAACUGCCUAUCCGGACAUUAUUUCAAGUGUCUUGCAACCUCUUUUCCAGCCUGUCAGGAAAGUCAUUGAUAUUGACGGAAAAGCAUCGGUCAACUUUGAUAUUUACAAAGAAUUAAAAUUGAAAGAUGACGACUAUUUUCGACCAGUGAAACUGGAAGUAACAGUUGAAGAAGCUUUAACUGGACGACGACAAAAUACUUCAACACAAAUAUUCCUUCAUAAGCAUAGAUAUACGAUGGAGUUAGUGCAACAAUCAGGAUACUAUAAACCUGGAUUAAAAUAUACCACGUUCAUCAAAGUGGCGAAUCAUGACGGAUCACCAGUACAGGAUUCAAAAACACCAUUACAAAUUUCCAGCACUUAUGAUAAUGUGGAAUUUAUCAACUUUACAAAAUUGUUGGAUGAAAAUGGAAUGGCUGAGCUUGAAUUCUAUCCUCCGAAUAAUGCCAGUGACAGUUUAAAAAUUGAGGCCAAGUAUUUUAAUCUUCAUGAACAAUUUCCUUAUGUGUAUCCAGUUGCUAGUAUUUAUGGUGCCUAUAUUCGUGCGGUAUUAAAGAAACCAAUUCAAAAAGCUGAUUUAUCAUUUGUAGAAAUAGAAGUAAACUCAACAGUUCCAAUGAAAUACUUGAAUUAUCAAGUUUUAGGACGUGGAAAUAUUCAAGCUGCUGGCACGGUUAGAGGCGAUAACACAAAUUCACUUAACUUCAGGUUCAAGUCAACACCACUUAUGGCACCGACAGCUCAUUUAUUGGUUAAUUUUAUCAGCGAUAAUGGCACAGUGAUUGCAGAUUCAAUUGAUAUCGAUAUCGAGGGUUCACUGCAAAAUUUUGUUGAUGUGAAAAUGAGCUCGGAAGCAGGUCCAGGUGAUGAGAUCAGUUUAACAGUUUCCACAAAUCCGGAUUCGUAUAUUGGACUUUUGGGAGUUGAUCAGAGAUCUCUUUUAUUAAAAUCUGGCAACGACAUUUCCAAAGACCAAGUGGAGAGCGAGAUGAAAUCUUAUGACAAGCCGGAUACAUAUGAACCAUUUCAUAGAGGAUUCGCUGAAACAUCCAGUGAAGUUUUUACUAACGCAGGUGCUGUGAUUCUUACGAAUGCUUUUGUCCACUAUUCAUUUGCAAUAGAGAAACCAGGUAUAUUGGAGGGUAGAAUAACAGGCUCUCCUGAAGGUGUUCCUACAUUGCGACCAGAUAUUGGUCCACCUGUUACGCAUAGGCUUGCGACCAGACCACCAUUGGCAGGUCCCUUCGCCUUCUCUCGAAUUCCGUUUCCCGUUUGGAAUAGACCCCGUGUUUUCUUAAUGCAUGACAUCAAAGACACAUGGCUUUUCACAAAUUCGUCUUCAGGAAUUGAGGGUAAGGCAGUGAUUCGAAAGACGGUGCCAGAUUCCAUUACUUCCUGGGUGAUUAGUGCUUUCACGAUAAAUAAUGUACAAGGUUUUGGGCUCAUCGAGGCGCCUAGAAAGCUCAAAGUUUUUAAACCCUUCUUCAUAUCUGUGAAUCUUCCCUAUUCUGUGAUUCGAGGAGAAAUUGUCGCCAUACCUAUUGUCGUGUUCAAUUAUAUGGAUAAAGACUUGAUAGCUGAGGUGGUCUUGGAAAAUAGAAAUCAAUUCGAAUUCGCUGAAGUGUCAAACGAGGUGCAUGAUUCACCGAAAUUCGAAAUGCACAGAAGUAAAGUGGUGAAGGUAAAGGCAAAUUCCGGAGCUGGUGUUUCAUUUAUGGUUAUUCCUAAGGAAAUUGGGUACCUUACGAUUGCGGCUAAUGCAACAACGAAUAUUGCUGCCGACGGUAUUGAAACUAAACUUCUCGUCAAGGCUGAAGGUGAAACGCAGUAUAGAAAUAAUGCCACAUUUAUUGACCUAAGAAAUAGCCGAUCGUUAUCGACAACUUUAAUAGUUGACAUGCCGAAAAAUAUUGUAACAGGUUCCGAAUUUGUGGAAAUAUCUGCAGUAGGCGACAUAUUGGGACCAAGUAUUCCAAAUUUGGCGAAUUUAAUUAAAAUGCCUUCAGGAUGUGGGGAACAGAAUAUGUUGAAUUUUGUACCAAAUAUAGUAAUUCUUGACUACUUAACGAAUACAAAUCAAUUGAAACCGGCAAUCGAGAGCAAAGCCCUCAAUUAUUUGCAAAUCGGUUAUCAACAGGAAUUAACGUAUCGUCACAAUGAUGGUUCUUUUAGUGCUUUUGGAGAGGCAGACGCCAGUGGAAGUACAUGGUUAACAGCCUUUGUGGCCAAGUCCUUUUACCAGGCGAAGAAAUAUAUCGAUAUAGAGAAGCAAAUUAUUUUCGACGCUCUACAGUGGCUGGCCGAUAGACAAGUUGCAAAUGGCAGUUUUCCGGAAGUAGGAAAAGUCAGUCAUCGAGAUAUGCAAGGAGGCGCUGCAAAAGGACUUGCACUCACAGCCUACACCCUCAUAACAUUCCUGGAGAACAAGGAAACCAUGAAUCGUUAUCAAAAAACAAUCUACUCGGGUGUAAAGUAUAUUACCGAAAAUCUUGAAGAUUUGGAUGACGUUUAUGCAUUAAGUUUAUGUACGUAUGUUUUGAAUCUUGCGAAGAAUAUGUUCGAGGACACGGCAUUUUAUGCACUGGAGAAAAAAGCAAUGGAAGAUAAGCAACAUGGCACAAAGUGGUGGAGUAAACCAGUUCCAAAAGAUGACAAAAAUCCCUGGUACUCAUUGCCAAGAUCAGUUGACGUUGAAAUGACGUCUUACGUUUUAUUGACAUAUUUACAAAAAAAUCUUGUUACUGACGCUAUUCCCUUAAUGAAGUGGCUCGUUACGCAAAGAAACAGCGAAGGUGGAUUCGCCUCAACACAGGAUACAGUAAUUGGAAUUCAUGCUUUAGCAAAAUUAGGAGAAAAAUUGUCAACAAAGGACAAUAAUGUUGCAAUUACGUUCACGUAUGAGAAUGGCGGACAAAGUCAAAUAAACAUUAAUCCAGCUAAUGUAAUGAUUCUACAAAAGCACAUUCUGCCGAAAAAAACUCGAGUUGUCAACAUAACGGCAAGUGGAAAUGGUUUUGCUUUUGUACAAGUGUCAUCGCGUUAUAAUUUGAAUGUAACUGGAGCUUGGCCACUUUUUACACUUGACCCUCAAAUUACCAGAGCUUCAAAUGAACAUCAUCUUCAACUCACUGUUUGUUCUGGCUUUGUGCCAACUAACGAAACAAGUGAGAGUAAUAUGGCAGUUAUGGAAGUGAGUUUACCGUCGGGUUUCACGGCCGAUAUGGAUUCAUUGCCAAGUUUAGAAGCUUUUCAUAAUGUUAAACGCGUAGAGACGAGAAAUGGUGACACGAUGGUUGUGCUUUAUUUCGAUAAGAUGAAUGUCACUGAAAAUUGCCCGACCGUUUCUGCAUUUAGAACACAUAAAGUUGCAAAACAGAAGCCAGUACCUGUAUCGAUAUACGAUUAUUAUGAUUCAACAAGAAGAGCACGUGCAUUCUAUAAACCAACAUUAACGACUCUCUGCGAUAUUUGCGAGGAAGAAGAUUGCGGAAAUGUAUGUAAAUCUCAACCACUUCCUGGCUCUAUAAGAUCGGCAGCAAGUGCUUUUCAAAUCCCAUGUACAUAUAUUGCCCUACCUAUCUUUAGUGUCUUUAAGCUUUUACUCUCGACAUAAAGGUUUAAAAUUUAUUUUUCAUUUAUAAGACUACGAGAAAUCCAGUGCCUUGCACCAGAAAUGAUAACCAAAGUGUUUUAAUUGAAACAAAAUAUAUAGAAUUAACCGAGUAUUUUUUGCAAAUACAAACGUUGUUAGUGAAUUGUGUUCCUUUUUUACUGCAAUUGUUUCUUUUUCAAAAAAGUUGACUUGUAAAAUUUGUACAUUCCAUGCAAGGAAUCUAGGAAUAUUAAUUAUUAUUAUAAAAUGAAAAACACAUGUAUAGACGUAACAGUUAAAAACGAAUGGGUACUGUAUAUGUGUGUAUUUAAGUAUGUUUUGUAAUAUGAUCUACUAAUAAAAUGUAUUAUUGUUA